ACAGAUUGUAUAUUUGUCAUCCAUGAAAUAAAAACAAUUUCUCGAUGCCAUUACCAACAAUUUUAUGACAACCAACACCGUACGUGGGCCAACGUACGACAGCACUACCAUGUUUAAAGCAAUAGAAAAGUGCAGGACCUCUUAAAGUGAGAAGGGUACGAGUGAUUAGAAAAAUGUCGGCAUCUUUAGGGGUCAGAAGAUCAAAGACUUGUUCGCGAAUGCCCGUUCUACUGGAGCUUUGUAUUCAUUGGUUUGGAGAAAUAAAAGCGCAUGUUAAAGCGAAAGGGUCCACUAAAGAAAACAAACGCCUCCCGACAAAAAUCCUUCGGCUGCUGGCUGGUCUGAAGCCGCCCACUAGAUCGUGGGCUGCAUUUAAAAAUGCAUAUAAGUAUAGUAGGCUGUGCGCGCAGCGUAGGCAGUCGAAGAAACUACCAAGAGUUAUGGUGCGCCCAGAGAAGGUGUUCAUGCUACUAGAAUACCUGUUUCGAAGCCAUGGACUGCGCUGUAGGUAGAA